AUGGAUGGUGCACCUGUCCAGAUUGGACGGAAGACUACAUUUAUGGAUACAAUUUGUCGAUGCAAUAUCGACCAUCACAUUUCCAAACCUUACACUCCAAAAGAAAACCCGGCGGAAGGUGGAAUUCGAGAGUUAAAACGGAGGUAUUAUCGAUUGAUCAUCAAACACGGUAUCCCUGAACGCCUUUGGGACUUUGUCUUGGACUACGUGGUUGACACAAUGAAUGUUACUGUCAAUUAUUCAAAGUACUCUGAUGGUCGGGUACCUUUAGAAAUUAUAACUGGAAUCACGCCAGAAAUCACUGAAUAUCUGGAUUUCACGAUAUAUGGUUGGGUGUUCUUCUGCAGCGAUGGCGGCUUGGGAGUCAACCACAUUGGACGAUGGCUUGGAGUUUUGCACCGUGUGGGACCCAUGAUGACAUAUUGGGUUCUCCCAAAGAGUGGUAUCCCCAUUUCUGUGGAUACUGUCCAAAUGGAAGACAUUCCUCAUCAAAUAAUAUUCGAUUUUGACGACGAGGAUGACGAAUUUAUGCGCAACUUUGGUAUGCUCAUCAACCCAGAGACGCUGGAAGAUGGCGACUUUGAGGGGACUGAAGAAGCUGCAGAUGACCUUGAUGCCCAAGAUUACACCAACAUGGAGAUUGGUUUACGACGAGGCGCAGAAGGCGAACUCCAAAGGGCAAAGGUGAAACGACGGAUAGUGGAUGAAAAUGGAAGACCAAUUGGCGUCGCUAGCUCCAACCAAUUGCUCGACACAAGACAAUAUGAAGUGGAGUAUGCAGAUGACGGUACUGAAAUAUUCGCAGCCAAUAUACUUGCUGAGAAUUUACUUGCACAGGUCAACGAACACGGACAUAAGCACCGGCUGAUGGAGGAGAUUUCGGACCACCGUAAAAACGCUAAGGCAAUCACAAAAAGUGCAGGAUCGAUGCUCCUCCCUAGUGGACGGACUCGAAAGCGCCAAACAACUGCUGGCUGGGAACUUCAUGUGAUCUGGAAGGACGGAUCAUCCAAUUGGGUAACACUGAAAGACAUGAAAGAAUCCUUUCCCCUUGAGGUUGCAGAUUAUGCCAAGUUAAAGGCUAUUGAAGAUGAACCAGCAUUCGCAUGGUGGGUCCCACAUGUACACAAAAAGCGUGAUCGUUUUAUAAGUAAGGUAAAAUCAAAAUAUUGGGAACGGACCCACAAAUACGGUAUCCGCAUCCCAAAAUCUGUCAAGGAGGCUAUUCAAAUUGAUCAAGAAAAUGGUGACACCUUGUGGCAAGAUGCCAUCAAAAUGGAAAUGAAAAACAAUCAAGUUGCCUUUGAGGAAUUUGGCGGGGACAUCAAAAAGCUAAUUGGAUACAAACGCAUCACUGGUCACAUGGUAUUUGAUGUCAAACUUGGUGAAAACUUCCGACAAAAGGCUCGAUAUAGCGCUGAUGGACACAAAACAGAAGCGCCAGCAGCACUGACAUACAGCACUGUGGUAGCCCGAGAUUCUUGUUACAUGAUUGCGGGCCAAGAAUUUGGAGACGAGGAGGGUAAAACAUUCAUUGUUAGGCGAGCAUUAUAUGGUUUGAAAUCUGCUGCGUUAGCAUUCAGGUCCCACCUUGCAGAGACAUUGGAGAACUUGGGAUUUUACUCAUCAUAUGCCGAUCCCGAUGUUUGGAUGCGAGCAGCUAUCAAACCAGACGGGGAAGAAUACUACGAAUAUAUUUUGUGUUAUGUGGAUGACAUCUUGUGCAUGUCUGAAAACGCUAAAGAUGUUAUGGAACAGAUAAGCUACAAAUUCAAGUUCAAGAAGGACAAGAUUGAACAGCCUGAAAGCUACCUUGGAGCGGGUGUCAAAAGAAAGGUUUUAGACGGUCAGCACAUGUGGACUAUGUCCAGUUAUGACUAUGUUACAGCUGCUGUGAAGAACGUCAAAGCAACCCUGAAAGACAAUCAGAGGUGGAACUUACCAAAGAAAGCCGUCACUCCAAUGAAUAGCGAUUAUACACCAGAGCUAGACGGUUCAAGUGAGUUAAACGCACAUGACCACACAUACUUUCAAGAAUUGAUUGGGGUCUUAAGGUGGGCCACGGAGAUCGGACGCGUUGAUAUUCUACUGGAAGUUUCUCUUUUGAGUCAAUACCAGGCAGGGCCAAGGGAAGGACACAUGGAACAAUUGUUGCGGAUUUUUGCCUACUUGGAUCAACACCCAAAGAUGACUCUAUACUUUGAUUGGAGAACCCAAACGCAGAUUUUUCCUGAGUCAAGUCAUCGUACAAAGAGUUCCGUACUCUAUACAGAGAUGCUGAGGAACAAUUGCCAUCGAACAUGCCAAACCCAAGAGGUAGGCAAGUGGGAAGCUUGGCAUACGUUGAUGCCUUGCAUGCAGCAAACAAGAAGACUCAUAGAUCGCAUACCGGCUAUGUCAUCUUCUUGA